AAGAAUCUGCCUCCUCUCACUAUUAGAGCGAACCAGGUGAAAAUCCCCUGUUCCCAACCAGGUACCUUGAACCUGCUGUGAUAAAGUCAGAAUGUCUCCUCAUAGUUUAGUCCUGUCAGCAGCACAAUGAGAAAAAAAAAAGGAAGAUUGGAAGAAAGAGAAUGAGAAUGAAAUAAGCUUCGGUAUCAUAAGUCAUAUCGUAUCGACCAACCGGCCUUCGGUGGGGUUGGUUUAUAACAUAACAUAAGGAGUUUUUUCGGUAUACCGCUCCGCGAGCAAGGAGCGCCGCGAGCAGAGCGAGAGAACGAAGUGGGCUUUGGUGAUGUCGGAAUUUUCACCUAUUUUUCUCUAUUUAGUGAUCAGUCCGCUAGUUUCUUUGAUCCCACUCGGUCUUCCUUUUCUAUUUGCUUCCAAUAGUUCGACCUAUCCAGAAAAAUUGUCGGCCCACGAAUGUGGUUCCGAUCCCUCCGGUGAUGCCAGAAGUCGUUUCGAUAUACGAUUUUAUCCGGUUUCUAUUUUAUUUAUUAUCCCUGAUCCGGAAGUCACCUUUUCUUCUCCUUGGGCAGUACCUCCCAACAAGAUUGAUCUGUUUGGAUCUUGGUCCAUGAUGGCCUUUUUAUUGAUUUUGACGAUUGGAUCUCUCUAUGAAUGGAAAAGGGGUGCUUCGGAUCGGGAGUAAGCACUAGUGAUAGGGCAAAGGGGGGAAGGACAUAGG